CACGCAGAAUGUAAAUGGCCAAGGUGGGGUCGCACUGGCAUCAAUCAAAGUAUUCUGAAAAUAUGAAAAUAUUAGAUUGAACAGAAUGAGGCCAAGGUGAUACAAAGACCACAGAAAGUAAAUGAGUAAAAGAGAAAGCACAGCACCCACAAAAUCUGCCAUUCUUUGUUGGUUUAAAUCUAGAUAUAUGUUAUGUUCAAUUAAAAAUCACAGAUUCUAUCAAUAAUUAAUAUAUAAUCAUAAAUCUAGGGAUGUAAUAACCAACUCAUCUUCUCUAUGUUGGCUGCUCUAGCGCCCCCUUUAUGGCAACUGUAUACCGGACAUUCUGUCCACAUCAGGAAGAGGAGAGGCAAAUUGAGAGACCGAGAGGAGCAGUAAUGGCAGUAGUCUAACGUUACAUGUGAAGGAAUGGUGGAUGUUGAGCUGAAAACACCUCCGCGACGUGAAGUAUUCGGUAAUAUUCUGACACUGCCUCUACUGCGCUGGAGCAACUAGGAUUUUUGUGAAAUGCGGUGAAUGAACGUGGAAUUGUUAGCUGCUAACGUUACUGCAAAACUGCCAACAGCGAUAUUUAUGCAUUGCACAAUAACUGAUGGAUUCAAGAUAGAGACGCCAGCAUGCGGAGCCGCAGUAACUCAGGUGUGAAGCUCGAUGGAUUCGCCAGGCUCGUUCAUGAGACUAUUCUAUGUCACCAGAACCCAGUGACAGGCCUGUUGCCCUGCAGUGUCCAGCUGCCAGAUGCCUGGGUGCGUGACAAUGUCUACAGCAUCCUGGCGGUGUGGGGUCUGGGGAUGGCCUACAGGAAGAACGCUGACCGGGAUGAGGACAAGGCCAAGGCCUACGAACUGGAGCAGAGUGUUGUCAAGCUGAUGCAAGGGCUGCUCCAGUGUAUGAUGCGACAGGUGGCCAAGGUGGAGAAAUUUAAACACACCCAGAGCCCCAAGGACUGCCUGCACGCCAAGUACCACACCCCCACCUGCGCUACCGUGGUGGGGGACGAUCAGUGGGGACACCUGCAGGUUGAUGCCACCUCUCUGUACCUACUGAUCUUGGCUCAGAUGACUGCCUCAGGUCUUCGUCUUGUAUCAAACCUGGAUGAGGUGGCUUUUAUCCAGAACCUGGUCUUCUACAUUGAGGCUGCUUAUAAAGUUGCGGAUUAUGGGAUGUGGGAACGAGGGGACAAGACCAACCAGGGGAUCCCAGAACUGAACGCCAGCUCUGUGGGAAUGGCCAAGGCCGCGUUGGAGGCCAUUGAUGAGCUGGACCUCUUUGGGGCUCACGGAGGACCGAAAUCUGUCAUUCACGUUUUGCCGGACGAGGUGGAGCACUGCCAGGCUAUCCUGUGCUCCAUGCUGCCCCGAGCCUCCACCUCUAAAGAGAUCGAUGCUGGUCUCCUGUCUAUCAUCUCCUUCCCUGCCUUCGCUGUGGAGGACACAGACCUGGUCACCAUCACUAAGACUGAGAUCAUCUCCAAGCUACAGGGACGCUAUGGCUGCUGCCGUUUCAUCAGAGAUGGAUACAGAUGCCCAAGAGAGGACCCGUCCCGUCUCCACUAUGACCCAGCUGAGCUCAAGCUGUUUGAGAAUAUAGAAUGUGAAUGGCCAGUGUUCUGGACCUACCUCAUUCUGGACGGCAUCUUCAGUGGAGACCUAGUACAGGUGCAGGAGUACAGAGAUGCUCUGGAAGAAGUCCUGAUCAGAGGGAAGCCCGGGAUCCGCCUGAUGCCUGAGCUCUACGCCGUCCCACCUGAAAAGAUGGAGGAAGAGUACGGGAACCCUCACUCUGUGGACAGAGUGGCUGUGGGCCAGUGCCCUCACAUGUGGGGACAGUCCCUGUACAUUGUUAGCUCUCUGCUGGCUGAGGGAUUCCUCGCCCCUGGAGAGAUCGACCCUCUCAACAGGCGAUUCUCCACCCAGUUCAAGCCGGACGUAGUUGUACAAGUGUGUGUGUUAGCGGAGUCGAAGGAGAUCCAGGAGUUGCUGAGGGAUGAUGGAAUAGAGGUCCAGACCAUCUCUGAGGUCCAUCCCAUCAGGGUCAUGCCUGCUCGCAUCCUCAGCCACGUCUACGUCAAACUGGGAAGCUGCAAGAAGUUGAAUCUGAGCGGGAGGCCAUAUAGGCACAUUGGAGUUCUGGGAACCUCGAAAUUCUACCAGAUCCGGAACCGCACCUACACGUUCACCCCUCAGUUCCUGGACCAGCAUCACUUCUACCUGGCUCUGGACAACCAGAUGAUAGUGGAGAUGCUGAGAACGGAGCUUUCCUAUCUCUCCUCCUCCUGGAGGAUGACCGGACGCCCUACCCUCACCUUCCCCAUCACACACAGCAUGCUGGUGGAUGAUGGCGAGAUCAUCGACCCGUGUAUCCUGUCCACUCUGAGGAAGCUGCAGGAUGGAUACUUUGGAGGGGCAAGGGUUCAGAUGGCCAACAUCUCCAGCUUCCAGACUACCUCGUUCCACACAGAGCUCAGCUUCCUCGACGGAGACACUGAUGACGACCUGCUGGAGGAGGAAGAAGAUGGGGAAGAUGAAGAGGAAGGUUAUGUCCCCUCAGGCAGCUCUAAGGGCAUGUUUGACCACUACCUCAGCCAGCUAAUGCAGAGCACAGCCACCAAAUGUCAUCUGCCUCCCAUCCAGAGGGGGCAGCACCACGUGUUUAGUGCUGAACACACCACCAGAGACAUCCUCUCCUUCAUGGCCCAGGUCCAAGGCCUCAACAUGCCUAAGGCCUCCAUGUAUCUUCCUAUGACUCCCAUCAUGAACAAGCACCGUAAAUCCCUCAACCUACUGCACGUGCCCCAGCACACACCACUCCAACCACACCACCACACACCACAUCAACAACAGCCCAAGGCCCCCAGUAUUGCAGACCUCCACCUGCCGCGGGACUCCCAGGGUAACACAGACUUUGGGUCUCUGGUGAGACAGUUGAAGGAGUGUCCCACACUGCAGGACCAGGCAGACAUCCUCUACAUCCUCUGUGUCAUGAAAGGUGCUGACUGGAUGGUGGACGUGGGGGGUCAGGGCGGGGUCAGUGUGAGGUGCCUCCUGGAGGAGCUGUAUGUCCAGGCUGGGGCCAACAAGGAGUGGGGUCUGAUCAGAUACAUCUCUGGUAUCCUGAGAAAGAGAGUGGAGGUGCUGGCUGAGGCCUGUACAGAUCUCAUCUCCCACCACAAGCAGCUGACAGUGGGGCUACCACCUGAACCCAGGGAGAAGGUCAUCUCGGCUCCUCUUCCUCCAGAAGAGCUCAACUCUCUGAUCUAUGAGGCCAGUGGGCAGGACAUCAGCAUCGCUGUGCUCACUCAGGAGAUCAUGGUGUACCUUGCCAUGUACGUGCGCUCCCAGCCGGCUCUGUUUGGGGACAUGCUGCGUCUCCGAAUCGGACUCAUCAUGCAGGUGAUGGCUACAGAGUUGGCCCGCAGUCUGCACUGCUCAGGGGAGGAGGCCUCUGAGAGCCUGAUGAACUUGAGUCCGUCAGACAUGAAGAACCUGCUGCACCACAUCCUCAGUGGGAAGGAGUUUGGGGUGGAGAGGAGCAUGCGUCCCAUGCAGUCUUCAGCCACCAGCCCGGCUGUCUCCAUCCAUGAGCUGGGUCACACUGGAGCCACUAAGACAGAGCGCACCGGCAUCCGCAAGCUGAAGACUGAGAUCAAACGGUUGGAUGGCUCGUCUCGUCCGAUCAGCAUCUGUAACAGUGGUUAUUCCAUCAGCAGCAAUGUCACCUCUCCCCGUUCCACGCGUUGCAGCAGCCCCUCCACCCCCAGUGGGAUCCUGUCCCCUGUAGGCCCCUGGGAGUCAGACAGCCACCUGCAGUGGGAGGAGCAGCAGGGCCAGUGGCUGAGGAGGAGACGGCUGGAUGGGGCCAUCAACAGGGUCCCUAUGGGCUUCUACCAGAAGGUGUGGAAGAUCCUGCAGAAGUGCCACGGCCUGUCAAUAGAUGGAUACGUGCUGCCUUCCUCCACUACCAGAGAGAUGACAGAGGGUGAGAUCAAGUUUGCAGUGCACGUGGAGUCUGUUCUGAACCACGUCCCCCAGCCAGAGUACAGACAGCUGCUGGUGGAGGCUGUGAUGGUGCUCACCCUGGUGGCUGACAUGGAUGUGGACAACAUCGGAGGAAUCAUCCUGAUAGACCGCAUUGUACACAUGGCCAAUGACCUCUUCUUACAGGACCAGAGGUCCCAUGGAGCCAAUGAGUACUUCCUGGAGAAGGAUCCAGCCACGGGGAUAUGUAACGUGUUCUAUGACAGUGCCCCUAGUGGCAGCUACGGUACCAUGACGUACCUCUCCAGGGCUGUGGUUACAUACCUACAUGACUUCCUGCCACAGUCUACCUGUCUCACGCAAUGAAGUAUUAGACUGGGCUUGUUGUAGAGCACUCUGUGGCCACACAGGCAGCUAUCAAGAGAGACUAGUCGAGUAAUGUAUUAUAGUGUGGGAAAAAUCACUACUGCCUAAUUCCGAUUCUCCCCAAGUGUACACUUGUUCACUCCCAUUCAAGGAUUUAAAAUCAUUGGAUUUAAUUCUUGAAGGGGAGUGAAUGAGUGCACACUUCAGAGAGAAU